AUGGACACGUGGGAUUUGGGUGUUCUUGAGCUCAACACGUUGCUCUGGGGUUUGAACGGUGACGUUAACGUAUUGACGGGUGAGUGGCUCGACGGUGAGUUGGAAGACAACACGGCUUUCCUCGUUGUCCUCUGGGCGGCUGGAAACGGUCCAGAAGUUGUAGGCCUUGACGAGGUCGAAGUAACGGGAGACAACUUGUUCGGUUUCCUUGGUGAGCUUGUACUCAGCAACAACGUUGACCUGGUUGAGACGAGCGGCCUUGAUCAAGAGCUCGUAUUCUGGGAGUCCGUUGGAUUGACGCUCCAUGUUGCGCUCGUACUUCUUUUGUUCCUUGGAUUGUUGGAGUUGGGCGUUGAUGGUGAUCUCGUUCUUCUUUUGGGAUCCCCAGGUGGAGGUGAGGGAGAGUUGAACUUCACGGUGUGGUUGUUCACGGAGUUGACGGAGGGAAGAUGGCAUCUCUGGGCGGAUGGCGAGAAGUUGGGAGCGGAGAGUCCAUUCCUUGGUCUCCUCGAAGAUUGGGGAGCGGCUAACUUCCAUGUUCCAUUGGCACAAACGGAGCUGCUUGUCGCAGACGGUGGUGAGCUCGGUGUUCAUGUUGUAGUCGCGUGGAGCCUCAAGCUUGAGGGUGAUGGUGUGCUUGUAUCCUUGCUCCUUUUGGAUGUUCUUGACCAUCUUGGAGAAAUACUCACGACGGUUCUCGGUGUUGUCUUGCUCGAGCUCGAACUCCUUCUCGAAGAUCUUGUCAAACUUGAUUUGGGAGAGUUCAGCUUUCUCGAGUGGGGAGACGGUAAGGCGGGCAACGAAUUCAGCUGGACGAUUCUUGUUCUCUACGGAGACCUCGAAGUCUUGUUCGGCGAGGAGCCAGUUCUCAACGGUUUGUUGUCUGAAGAUGUUUCCACGGGUAGAAACCUCGAGUCCAAGGAAGUUGUGAACCUUCUCGAUCUCUUCGGUGUAUUGGCGCCAUUGUGGAACGGAGACAGUUCUCUCUUCAGCCUCAACAUUCUCGAAUUUCGAGAAUCCUGGGUGACGGAGGAAGACAACUGGGCGAGUGGUGAGGGAGAUGACCGAUUUUUGGUUCUCUGGGACGAUAACCUUGUAGACAAGUUCGAAGUUUCUCUUCAUCUCGGCAACAACGUUGAUCUUGACUGGAACAAAGGCAUGGAGGGAUUGGACAGUCUUGACUCCUUGCUCGAAAAGUGGAGUGAACAUUCUCAUCUCGUAAACGUGGGUGGCAGCAACCGAUGGGCGAGCCUCAACGGUCAAGCGGAGUUCAGUUCCAUCGAGUUCAAGGGAGAGUUUUCCUUCAGCCGACAUGACAGUUGGGAUCUUUCCGGAGACAACGAGUGGGAGUCCAAGAGUGGUUGGGAAUUUGCGGAUAACCUCAUAGAAGAAAGCGGCGUGGUGGGUCUCGAAAUCAAGAUCUUGGUUAAGGGCACGACGAAUCUCGCUGAACUUGAUCUCUCCGUUGCGGACGAAUUUCUCAACAAGGCUUUCGAUGAGUUGGGAGUCGAUUGGGAGAACGGCAUAAUCCAUAUCCUUGUAGCGGAGGUAGAUCAUGGCGAAGGCGUCCUUCUCGUCACGGGUGGUUGGGCGAGCACGGAUGUUCAUCUUUUGGGCGAGCUCCUUGAGAAGCUUAAUUCCGGUUUGGAUGCGGCGUCCGCGGACAACGGUGGUGGAUUCCUUCUCAAGAGACUCGAGCUUUUGGAGAGCCUUGUAGAGGUAUUGGUCCAUGUUCUGUUGGGAGAAUCCGAUUUGGGCGAAGUACUUGAUCCAGUUUCCUCCAAAAACGGCGUCAAGAGAGGCGUGGAGUUGAGCGUAGGCGGAGGAAAUCAUCUGUUGUUGUGGCUCGUAGCGGGUGAAGGAGAGAACCUUAGAGCAAUCCUUGGCGACACGUUCGUAACAUGGGUUGGUGGAUUGAGCGAAGUGGCGGAUCAUUUGGUGGGUAAGAGCAGCAACUUGUUGGUUGGACUCCUUCUCCAUCUGAGAGACGACUUGGACGAGGAGUGCCUCUUCUGGGCGGGUGUGCAUCAUUCUCCAGAGAGCAAGCAUACGGAUUUCUGGCUCGUAUUGACGGUUCUUGUAGAUUGGGAGGAGAACCUUUUGGAUCUUGCGUGGCAUGGAAUCCUUAAGGAGUCUGAGGGCAUCGAUUGCUUCCUUGCGGACUGGGAGUGGUUGGCGCUUGUCAACAAUGAUCUCGUUGAGUUGGUUGACAGAAAUAUCGAGUCCAGCGUUUCCGAUGGUCUUGAGGGCCAAAAUCUUCUCCCAGACGGAUUGACGGAUAACUUGACUGUUCUUGGCGACACGGGAGUUAGCGAACUUGAUGAGGGACUCAGCAAUAGCCUCGGAUGGGAAUGGAGUCUCUUGGAUAGACUUGAGGAGUUGAGCGAUCUUAACUGGAGUGACCUCGCUUUGUUCGAUGUGAGCGAGCAAGUGCUCAAUGGUGUUCUUGGUUCCGGAGACGGCAAGGACGUGCUCGAAGAGGGAUUGAAUCUGAAAAUUGUCAUUUCACUACUGUACUCUUUGAGAAAUGGUGCAGGUGCGGAAAAGACGAACGAGUUGCGCGAAGAAGUGAGCGGUCUCUGGCAUGUUGUGCUCUUCCUCUUGGAUUCUGUCAACGAUGGUCUUGAUGAGCUUGAUCUUCUUGUCAAGUGGGAACUUUUCGAAUGGCUCGAACUCAGCCUUGUUUCCGUUCUUGAAGAAAUCCUCAACAAGUUGUUCCCAGCGGGAAGAGUAGAUGAUAUCUUCCUUCUCUCCAUUGACCUGAAAAUAUUUAUAAUGGCUCUCUUCAAGCAUGAGUUUGGAGCGGGUCUCAGUCUUCAUGACUUCCUGUCCGUUGACAUUGACGGUGUAGAGGGAGCGAACCUCGGACUCCUUGAGCUCAUUGUUUUCCAAAACGUAGGUGUAGACAGUUUGUGGGCGGAUGACUUCGGUCUCCUUCUCGCACUCUGGGCACUCAGAAGAGAAACGGAGUCCGUAGGCGGUUUCGGAACGCUCGGUGCACUUGUUGAAGUUGAUGGAUUUGGUGAUGAUGGUCUUCUUCUGCUCACGGACAAUGGUGUAGGCGACUUGGCAUUCUCCCUCGAGGGUCUUCUCAGUGGUGAAGAAAGAACGGUUUUCCUCGGUGGAUUCCUUGUCUUCGUAAGACUCAAGUCUCUCCAUCUCGUGUCUUGGGGCAAUUGGGUUGAAGGAGAUCAUGUUGAGAACGGCUCUCUUCAUGUUCUUUGA